ACCUAGGAAGCGAUAGCUCACUAAAAUGGCCUUGCUUAAACAAAGUAAGCGGUCAGACAUCAAGCGAUACACUGUGGAAGUAAGGUGAGGUAUAUUUAUUGAGAACUUUAUAGUUUUUACUUCCUAAGAGCGAUCGUAAAUAUUCCCAUCUGGCAUCAUUCUUCGGACUACUAGUUUUCGUUGCGUGACAGGCCCCAAAUUUGUUAAACUGUGCAAUCAUUGCUUCAUAAUUACUGCCAGAUUGUUAGCCAAGCUAUCCUUAUUACAAGCUCGUGACCACUGUAUAGUGUUGUUAGUAAUCUGUCCUUUCAACUACAUGGAUUGACCACUUUCCAAUCGCUACCCUUUAAGAGAUAUAUUCCAAUACUUAAACGGCGUUAUAUAUUUGGUCCAGCGUCCUUUUUAUAGAGGAUUUUAACAAUAGAAAUGAGCAAAUUAUCAUCUGGACUUCAGUGAUGCGUCCGCUUAAUAGAGAUGUCCACUGAACAGGGUUUAAACAGCCGCGGGAGGAAAGUGGCCGUUGUUUAGGUGACCGUAUUACGGUAAUGUGGAGGUAGGGGUGUAAUAUGACACUUUUUUUUUUUUUAAUCGGGGUGUGCAACAUUACUGAAGCGUAUCGAUACAUAAAAUAAUCAAAGUCAGAAACCAAACAGAACAUCAAGGGUGUUUGGUACGGAUCAAGUUGGGGUUUUCUAUUCGGAGAGGUUAUUAUUGCAGUGGAGACGUUACCGUUGACGAGAAGUUGAAAUAAGAAUGAAUGUAUGGACAGCCCGCAGGGAGAAUAAAAAGUGGCCUUUGCCGAGAGGUGGCCGUAGGGAAAAUCACUUUCAUUUGCAUAGUUAACCUCUCGUUACCCCAGGAGACGCUAAUUGACCCAAUAAGCCGAAUAUUUGCAGAUCUAGUUGAUGCCUCCAAAUUGAUAGCCUGCACGCGAAGCUGUCGGGGUUUCGAAACGAAGCACUCGUGCGUGUCAGCAGUCAAGCCAAGUCUGUAAGCCGGAGUUUUGUCUUUAAAGAAGUGCUCUUUAUUUUGUCUUCAGGAGUGAGGUGACGGAAAUGGCGUCUGUGUCACCUUCAUCACGUGAUCCCGGCGAAUUCCAUCCCAGAGAAGCACGUGAACAGUUUCGACAGAACAAGAUGGUGCACAUCUCGUGUAGCCAGUUUUGUGCUGGUUAUCUUCAAUCCAACAUCGCUUGCGUGCCAUCCAACAUGGCGGAUGACUUUGAAAGACUGUGUAUUAACAACAGUUCCCCUUUUCCUCUGCUCUACCGCAGUCGGCCGGGAGAGGUUUCGGCUCCACCCUUGGCUUCAGAAUCAGAUGUGAGGACAGACCUUCCUCUUUACGCAGUCAUUGACAACGGCAUCGUAUCCAGACACGUUCGCGAUUUGUUAGAAAUUCCUUGGGAAGACCUGGUCACGUUUUAUUUUGGUUGUAGUUAUUCAUUUGAUCAUUUUCUUGUCGCCGCACAAGUUCCCAUUCGUCACAUGAUUGAGAAACGCGAUUGCCCGGUGUACGUCACCAAGAUACCCCUACAACCCCAGGGGUCUUUUUCUGGGAACAUGACGGUAUCUAUGAGGCAGAUCCCACGGGAGUUUAUUCAAAAAGUGGCGGAGGUCUGCACACCGCUCGAUUUUGCUCACGGCGCUCCCAUUCAUAUAGGGGCUCCCGCGAUUAUCGGAAUAGAGGACUUUCAACAUCCUGCAUGCGGUGAUGCGCCUAUUGUUGCUGAACAUGAUGUCUCUGUUUUCUGGGGCUGUGGAAUAUCUGCGACCGACGCAAUUGCGUCAGCUAAACCUCACAUCGCAGUCAGUCUAUCACCAGAAUGUAUUGCCUCUCUAUUCAUCACAGACUACAAAGUGACAGACUUUUACAAAGAUCAUCCGCCACAACACGCUACUCUCUCUCCUAAAGUGAUUUUUCUGUCCGAGUCGCCCCAGUUCGCCUCUUUAGUGUCUCAAGAAGCCAUCAAUGAAGUCGUAAAGAAAGAAAAGGAAUUUGUAUCGCUGAAAUCCGCGGAAUUAACAAAUGGAUGCAAAGAACCUGGUGACUACCUUCUGAAGUCUGCCAUGACGCUUUCCCAUGCGUCUUCUGUUGCUAUAGUAACAUGGUCACGAAGUGGAAUCGCAGUGGAUGUUUCAGACUGGCAGUUGGCUGCUGUUGCCAGCAUUGUAAAAGUUCUUGUUGCCCAAGAGAAAGAAGUAACAGUUCUUACAACGGAAAGCAAUGCAGCAGAGUGGCAAAAGCUGCUAGCCAAGUGUGAAGCUGAAAAAAUUCUUCUUAAAUCCAUACCAGUUAUUUCAGGUACCAUGAGGCCUACACAUUGGUCACGUGACGUCCAUUUGACCUUGCGUGAAAUACUUGAAGGUCUGGGACCUAGUUUCCACUCCACCAGCCUCAAUUCCGUGGUUUUAGUGAACGAACAAGGAAAUCUGACUGUGCAAAGCUUGCUGGGCUUCGGACAGGAUGUGAACGGUGUUAUGACAAGCAAUCAAGAUCGUGUGAUAGAGAAUGAACAACCAAUUGAAUGUGACUGUUGGCUAAACCCGAGCCUGGUCGCCAUGGCUGUGUAUGUUCUUAACACGUGCCCUGUUCACUGUCGGUACGUGAGGCACGGUCGAGGAGAACACAACGUGAAGGCAGUAGAAGAGUUCUUCAUUACAUCAAAGCAGAUGAAAAGCCUUGGAUUUGAAGUGCUGCAUGCCGAUGAAUGGAUGAGCAGCUGCACUAAUUAGUAAACAUGCUUAGCGCCUGUUUAUAUGGAUAAUAGUUGUCCCUGGUAGAGUUACCCUCCAUCCAGAGCACCUUGUGUCGAGUCGACAACGAGUACAUCAAAGGCUGAGGAAGUUUAGGACGUUCUUCCCCAGAUUCCCUUCGUUCUCUCGCGCGUCAUCCCCCUUUCGCUCGCCCUUACAAACCGAGAGCCUGGAAAAGGCUCUGUCAAUAGAACUCUUCAAGCACUUCUAACCCUAACCCUAAGUUAAUGGAAAGUUGGCUCAAGGUGGGGUUAGGGGAGGAAACCUUUUUCCAUGGAUAAGUUUGACUCGCCGACCAGGGAAAAGUCAAGGCAUAUAGAGCAUGCGCGAAACUGAGAAGUGCAAUGUUUGGUUUGGGCAACUGGGACAACUCGAUCUUUUCAUUUAAACGCUCGAUAAGCAAUGGCUCCUGGGGAGAGAAACCCUUCUUCCCACUGUAGCCUGCGAGCAGGCAUACCUUUGAGUCACACGUGCGAACGGCGAAGAACAAAGCGGCGAUCCGGCGGGAAGGAGUCUGGUGAAGAGGUGCCAAGAAAAUCACUUUCUCGUCUCGCGGUUUCGCCGCUUGAUUUCUCCCUCGCGGCUACGCCGCGCGCGCUUGUGCUCCAACGUGAGCCUGCUCGCAGGCUAUUCCCACAGGGACAACCAACACUUCGCCACAUAAAGAGUGUGUGCAUUAUAUUGUCACGCAAUAAAAAAUAAAAUCAAAAACCA